CCUUGCAUUCCCAAUCACUCUCACAAGUCCGGUGCUGACGAUCGUUUUGCACUCGGUGGAAAGGAGAAAACUAACAAUGACAAGUUUCUGUAUGUUCGUUCUUUGCUGCGGCUUCCUGUUCGCAGUCGACGCGAUCGAAUACACGAAGAAAUACGACGGGGUGGAUGUUGACAGAAUUCUUCAGAAUGGACGUGUCCUCGGUAACUACAUCAAGUGCAUGCUUGACGAGGGCUCCUGUACCGCCGAAGGCCGGGAACUUAAGAAAACUCUUCCUGAUGCAUUAGCAACAGGCUGCACAAAAUGUAAUCAAAAACAAAAGGAAACUGCUGAAAAAGUCAUCAAUCACUUAAUGACAAAAAGACCAGGAGAUUGGGAUAGAUUAGUUAAAAAGUAUGAUCCAAAAGGUGAAUUUAAGAGACGCUUCGAUGGACAAGGAAAGAAGUUCUAAUAAUAAAUUAAUUAAACUUAUGAUUUAUAAAUGUAUUUUUUUAUACACAAUUACAUUUGUAAUUAAAUUUAAAAAUGUAUCAUGUCUUCUGUCAGCUUAAGUAUUAUAGUCCUGUUUUAUUAAGUUGAAAAAUGUUAUAGCUCAUAAAUUCUAAAUGAACAUUACUUAUUUAUUGAAAUUUAAAUUGUUUAUUCUACACGUCGUUUUUUGACUAGAGA